AUGGACUUUGGCACUCAGUUGCUCCUCCUCCUUACUCACUACCUCCUUGGUCUCCUCUGUGGUCUCGUCCUCCUUAAUCUCCACCUCGAUGGACAUGGAUUCGGAGACGAAGGGUGGCAUCGAGGGCGGGCACGCAUUCUCAGAAAACAGCCUGGCGGUGUCUGUGCUGUGCCCGGCUCGAAGGAUAUUUCCAUGACCUUCUCUAGCCAAUGCCCAGUUUUGCAAUCUCUCGUAUUGAGAAUAUUCUCGAGGUCGGCUUGGCUUCCAGAGUGUGGUCGUAACACGAUAGCGACGCCUGCGACAGUGUGCCACACUUUUUCGGGCAUUGGCUCUCGCCGGAACACGGGUAUCAUUCGUAACAGCCGUUGGGUCAAGAAGGAGAAGACCAUGAAGUGCUCGGUUGAACGCGCUGGGCUCUGGGUCAUGGCUCGACGGCACGCUGCGUCAACUGAAGGAGGCAUCCACGACUGUGGAGUCCCCUGCAGCGCCAAAAAUGGCCACAACAUUAUUGACGAUGACCUCGGCGGUCCGCUCGCCGAGAUAGUGGCUCGCCGCUUGUAUACUUGA